AUUCACAUACCCGCGCAAACCAACGGUAACUGUCUACGGAGAAAACCUGUUCAAACCAUAUAUUGCCGCUUGGUAUUUAUCUUCAUUGUUUAAUUCGUUAACAUCUUUAAAAGUUUCGCUUGAUCAAGUAAUUAGUUGCUUCACCCUAUUAUCAAUAUGGCAUCAACUCAACGAAUGAAGGCCACUACUAGAAUUGUUACAGACAAGUGCCUUUAUACGUGGACGAUCGAGAAUUAUCGUAUGAUAAGGGCAGAAAAUGGAGAGUCGAUAGAAUCACCAGAAUUUAGUGUUGGAAGUGAUAGUAAAAAAUACUUCCAACUGAAAUUAUACCCUGCAGGCAAUCGUGAGGAUAGUGCGGGAUUCAAUUCUAUAUUUCUUUAUUACUUAAAAACUGAUUUAACAAAGAAACUGGACAAACUCAUAAUUAGACUAAAGAUUUCAGCUAUCAAUAAUGAAAAAGUCGUUGAAACAUGUUCGGCACAUGAAGAUUAUGCAGAGAAAACUACCUGGGGAUGGAGUAAAUUUUAUGACCUAAAAAAUAUUGAAAAAUUAAUUUCUUCCAAGAAUACUGUCACCAUUCAGUGUGAAUUGGAAGUUUUCAAAGAAUAUGAAUCUUCAUUGGAUUCAAGAAUCAUUAACAAUGAAAGUGAGACAAUUGAUCAAGUAAAAUUCGACUCCGCAUUUCUAAGUAAAGAAUUCAGUGAUGUUGAGUUGAUAACUUCUGACGAAAACUCCAUUUCAGCACACAGAAUUAUACUCGCUAUGGCCAGUCCAGUAUUCAAAGCAAUGUUAACUCAUGAUAUGUUAGAACGUAAAAAUAAUUCUGUUGAGAUAAUCGAUACUCCUUACAAUAUUCUAAUUGAGAUGUUGCGAUACAUCUACACAGGGGAAAUUUCAAGUACUAAACCAGAUAAAGUUCUGGAAAUUUUAGCAGUGGCAGACAAGUAUCAAAUUGAUAACUUAAAAGUCAAAUGUGAAAAAAUAUUAUGUGCUGAAUUGUCCACUGAAAAUGCACUUGACAUUCUGGAAGCUGCACUUAAAUAUAAUAUAAAGAAUUUGGCAAAUGAAGCAAAGAACUUUGUCACAGCUCACAUACAAUUGUUCGUUAAUACUGAAAAAUUUAAAAAUAUAGUUGAUCCUGGAGUACUACAUGAUGUAAUACAA